AUGCUCUUACGAGCUUCCAAAUGCAGGCUCGGACGUGACAGCAUCGACCAUCACCAGGAAGGUACUCCAACACGUGUCUUCCGGGGAACAUUCCACUCAGAGAAGACGUUCGCCUCGCUGCAACAGUUGCAAUAUGCGCCGGACGCUCGGGCCGCGUGCCCCCGAUGCAGGCAGGGUCUGUUGCUUAUUGCGGGCCCCUGUGGCUGGCGGCGCCGCCCUGCGGACGUGAGCGACGGCCCCAUAUACGACAGAACGGAGGGCUUGGGAACACGCCGCGCCGCGCCGCGCGACGUCGUGAGUGUUGCCUGGACCGCGCACCGCGAGGAGUUCAUUAACGGGCGACGUGCGCGAUGGUGUGGGCCAGCGCCGCACGCCCAAUCCAGCCGCGUCGAAGCUCAGACCUGCACGCACAGAGCAGCGGCCUCGUCGUCGUCCCACGAAGGCGCUGACCGUCGUCCCGUUUCACGCAAACCCGAACACGCUGCGCCUCUUUGCUCACAUCCGUUACCGCCGAGGCGCAGCAGCGCCGGGAGCAGUCUGGAGAAAGUGGGGCAGGGGCGGGGCCUGACGCGGCGGGGCGGGGCAGGGCAGGGCGGCGUCGUAUCGAAGCGUAAGUAUCGAGAGCGCGAGGCCCGACAAACCCCGACGGCGGCACGCGCCGAUGUCGUGAUCGUCACGUUUAGCCGCGGCGAUAUCACGGGCCCCAGCUCGACCGAUAUUCGCGCCCUCAUAGACUUCUAA